AUGACUACAGUUGCUGUGGUAGAUAAGCCGCAGUACAAGAAACUGUCCAUCUUCCUCCUGUAUCUGCGCGUGUUUGCGCCGGCUCGUCGAGGCGUGACUUAUAUAUCCAUCCACCUGCUGAUCUGGUUCAACCUGGCUUUCUACCUGGCCAACUUCUUUUUGAAGGUCUUCCAAUGUGUUCCGCGUGCUAAGAUCUGGUACCCGGAAAUUGCAGGUCAUUGCAUCAACAUCAAUAUUCCAAUUCUUGUGACUGCCGCGAUCAAUGUGCUGUCUGAUCUCUUAAUGCUCUGCCUACCAAUCAUCUGCGUUUGGCGGCUGCAGAUGUCGACUAAACGAAAGCUAGGCGUCUCUGCUAUAUUUGCUGCUGGUAUUUUCGGAUGCUUUGCAAGUAUAAUGCGUCUCGAAGUCAGCGUCAGAAACAGACACACUAAGGACCAGACAUACGACUGGUACAGUGAGAUUCUUUGGACCACGGCCGAAAUCACCUGCGGGAUCCUCGCGAGCUGUCUCCCCGCUCUACCGACCUUCUUCCGCCACUUCAUUGGCAAAGCCAGAACGGUUCUCUCGAUAAGCCGCACAAAAGUGUCUUCGAACCAGAGCCAUGACCGCUCGCUUGAGAAACCGACAGAGUUAUAUACUCUAUCAUAUCCGCGCGGCCGGAAACGUCAGCUAUUUACUGGUGACUGCUCGCUCGAUCAAUGCGGGGAACUGGAUGAUGACAGGACACAGAUCUUCACUGGACCUAGCUUUUCGACGACCGAAGCUAAGGUUGGAGGAUCUAGUCCUGCAGUCCAGGGGUCCCAUCAUCGGGAGGGUGCCGGGUUGAGUGUAGAGGACGCCAGUGGUCCUUGUGGAGGGAUCCUGAAAAUCGUCGAGGUAGACGUGGAAUCGGGGCCUGGACAAUUUGGCGGUGGACCCACCCGCCGAACCCAGAAACACUGGAGGAACUUUGCGUAUCUCGACAACUUCAGCCAACAACCUCCUCGUCGCCAAUCAGUCGUCUCACCGAUAACCACCGUCGCGAUGGCUCAAGAACGUUCCGGUAUCGCGGUUGGUCUCAACAAGGGCCACAAAACCACCCCCCUUAACACCCCCAAGACCCGCAUCAGCCGCUCCAAGGGCAAGGCCUCCCGCCGCACCGCUUUCGUUCGCGACAUCGCCCGUGAGGUCGUCGGUCUCGCUCCCUAUGAGCGCCGUGUCAUUGAACUUCUGAGGAACGCUCAGGACAAGCGCGCCAGGAAGCUCGCCAAGAAGAGGCUCGGUACCUUCACCCGCGGCAAGAGAAAGGUCGAGGACAUGCAGCGCGUCAUCGCUGAGGCCCGCCGUGUCGGUGCUCACUAA